UAGAUGCUAAUAAGAAUCAGGUUUUGAUUGACAUGAAGCAGUGUGUGAAAGUGUACCUCAAUCCUUCAGGAACUAGCUGUGUGUCCAGAGAAGCAGAGCAGUCGUGCCAGAAGCAGUGCACCCCUCGCUCCUAUCAACUCGACUCGUACAGUAACAGAACUGGACCGUUCCUCGUCAAGACUAUAAAGCGAUGCCACGCCAACAGCCACCACUGCCAGAACUGUCAGAGAAAGUAUAACAGGCUCUAUGUCUUUCCAAACUCACAAUACCAGCAGAAGAUAGAUGUUGGCAAGUGCAGUGGGGUGUGCAGCGAAGAAGGUAGUGCUAGUGAUAUGACCACACCCACCCCGUUAACCUGUCAACCAACUCGCACGAGAUCAUUGUCAAUUGAAGGCCCAAAUGAAAAUAUGUACCCGACUGACUUAGCUAAUUGGUCAUGUGACAGUUGAAGUCAUUGAAAACUGCUCUCGUGUGUCAGAGCAGUGUUACCGUGUCGACCACUUCCAGUCUGUGUCUGCUCGUAACCCUGACAACAGAAGACAGGAGGAGCUGGUGAACACAGGGAAGUGUAUAGGGAGUUGCCAGGGAGUGCUCAUCAAUGGAAGAUGCCUUCAAUACCACCAGAACGGGGACUGUAUGUGGUAUCUACCAGGGAUACAGGGAAAGUGUCGACCCACGAGGGGCUCCACAUUCUCCUACACUGACCUGUCGGGACACAAUGAGACCCUCCCUGUCGUAGAGGAGUGCGGCUGCACCACCGGCUGACUAUAUACUGUCACAUGACAAUCACAUGACUUAUUUCCAGGCUUUUCUCAUGACGUCACGACAUAAAAUUCUCAAUGUACAUUAUGCCUUUACAACUAUAAUGAUGUAAUGAUCAAUAACCAAGUAUUGAUAGAGAUGUUUGGGCCAUAAUAUAAAGAACCAACGUUUUUUAAUAUAGUCAUAAACGU